CCGGAUCAGUGAUUUUUUUGAUUAAACGAAUCGUUUUGGCUACGCAAUAUCAGCUAAAAAUAUUAAGAAACUAGGUCAGUGACUUUUAAACGAGAAGGGAACAAAGUUUGUACUAUCAGACAAUGUCAGUAAAUUGCUGUCAAAAAUAUGACAAAGCCUGCUGACAUGCGAUGGCAGCAAAUUGAUGACAGAAACCGAACAGAGAUAAAAGAUCCAUCAUGUGCAUCAUGCUUGAAACGGAACACAAUCGUAAUCUGAUGGCAGAUUGGCAGCAGAAACCAAGCAAGAUCUAUCAUUUUCAUCAGGGAUAACUUGUUACUUAUGCAUUAGUUUUCACUAUUACGCCCGUAUGAGCCUCCCCCAUAUGUCACAAUGAAACACCUGCCACAGCAACCAAUGUUUCCCGUUUAGUUGUGCGGAAUCAAUUGCGUUUUGCUCCAAACCAGUGAACGUCAGUCUGAUCAUAUAGUCAGUCUCAAACAACAAGUAUACAAAACGCAAUCAGCAACAUGCAAUUGCAAAAAUUACAUUGACACAUGUAUGGAGAAAGAGAGCCUGUUCUUAUUGUUUCAUUAAACGCUCCAAUUAAAAAAAGAACGAUGUUGGAAACGCGCUCCGCGACUUACAAAAUGAUGAAAGAAGAAGCCCAUGAUGAACGGCAGAUAAACGAUUGGCCACCACCAUUCUCAUCUGAAAUCACACCAUACAACGAGAAUGAUUUCGGCACUUUGAUCAGACGGACCUGCGAGAACAAGAAUUUGACUCUCCGAAUCUCCAAGGUGAUCGUCAUAGGCGACGUCGCCGUCGGCAAAACAUCAUUAGUGAAUCGCUUCUGCCACAGGCUCUUCGACAACAAUUACAAGGCCACUAUUGGCGUGGAUUUCGAGGUGGAGAGAUUCGACGUCCUUGGCGUGCCUUUCCAUUUGCAAAUAUGGGAUACCGCGGGUCAGGAAAGAUUCAAGUGCAUAGCGGCGUCUUAUUAUCGCAGUGCUAAUGUAAUCAUGGUCGUUUUCGACUUGGGAAACCUGAUGUCGCUGAUGCAUUGCCAGCAAUGGUUAAAUGAGGCAAGUUGCAGCAAUGUUGGUCUUCAUCAUAUUUUUCUAGUCGGCACUAAAAAAGAUUUGUUAUCUCAUCCAGUAUACGAAAUAAUCGAAAAACGGGCAGUUGAAGCGGCGAAAAGAAUGCGAGCGGAAUAUUGGGCGGUCUCGUCGAGAACUGGUAAUGGGGUGUCCGAAUUGUUUACGAGGGUCGCCGCGCUCUCCUUUCACGCAAUGGUCCUGCGGGAGAUACAGAGCUUGAAGCUCGAGCCGAUCAACAUCGGUUCGGCGACGAUAACUUUGAAAAGACACUCGAAGACCGAGACAAAGCGACAGAGAAUGCCAAAGUGCUCCAAAUGCCCGACGUGACGGUGAAAUUUGAUAAAUGGUUAAAUUCAGGGAGAAUGCUAUCGCGCCUCAUUCUAUACU